UCAGGACACAGAGCACAUCAAAAGUUCCCAAAGAGGGCUUGCUCUCUCUUCACCUCUUCUGUUCCACAGCACACUACUGGAAGACAGCAGAAAUGAAAAGCAUUUACUUCGUGGCUGGAUUGUUUGUAAUGCUGGUACAAGGCAGCUGGCAACGUUCCCUUCAAGACACAGAGGAGAAAUCCAGAUCAUUCUCAGCUUCCCAGACAGACCCGCUCAGUGAUCCUGAUCAGAUGAAUGAGGACAAGCGCCACUCACAGGGCACAUUCACCAGUGACUACAGCAAGUAUCUGGACUCCAGGCGUGCCCAAGAUUUUGUGCAGUGGCUGAUGAAUACCAAGAGGAACAGGAAUAACAUUGCCAAACGUCAUGAUGAAUUUGAGAGACAUGCUGAAGGGACCUUUACCAGUGAUGUAAGUUCUUAUUUGGAAGGCCAAGCUGCCAAGGAAUUCAUUGCUUGGCUGGUGAAAGGCCGAGGAAGGCGAGAUUUCCCAGAGGAGGUCGCUAUUGUUGAAGAACUUGGCCGCAGACAUGCUGAUGGUUCUUUCUCUGAUGAGAUGAACACGAUCCUUGAUAAUCUUGCUGCCAGGGACUUUAUAAACUGGUUGAUUCAGACCAAAAUCACUGACAGGAAAUAAACUAUUCAAGAUCAUCUUCACAACAUCACCUGCUAGCCACUUGGGAUGUUUGAAAUAUUAAGUCCUGUAAAUUUAAGAGGUGUAUUCUGAGGCCAUAUUGCUUAGCAUGCCAAUAAAUAAAUUUUCUUUCAGUGUUGCAUAGCCAAAAAUUAUAAAUGGAAUAAGCUUUUGUCAAAAUAUUGCUAAAAUAUCAGCUUUAAAAUGUAAAAGUGCUAGAUUCUGUUUUCUUCUUAUUUUGGAUAAAGUACCCCAACCUGUUUACCUUUAGCAAUGAAACUAUUUUUCUAUGAUAUAAUUUGUAAAUGUAAAUUAUUCCAAUCAUGACGUAUCUGAAUUAUAAUAAUAGGAAAAGAGAAGAACUGAUAGCCACAUUGGUGAAACUGGAAAGAUAACUUUCUUCUUGAAACCUUUGUCUUAAAAAUAAUCAGCUUUCAAUGUAUCCAAGCAAGACACAAUCAAAUAAAAUUUUCAAG